GAUUCCAAGUCAAGGUAGAGCUCAAACUAGUGAUCUCUGCCAGAUUAUUCAUUGUGUUCUAAAAUGAACCAUUCCACGACGGAUUUGAGCUGCCUUUCUCUUUAAUUCUGCUGGACACUUUAUUGCGGAGCCCCCACAAAAUGUUGGAGGGCGGGCCGCGCAGCAGCAGCGCAGUGAGUUGUCAAAAUCUUGUGGCGGUGACGCCGAGGGUCCACAACGCCCACUAAAGUAAAUUGGUGUGGUUUGCCUCGCGAGGGAUUAUAUAGGCUAUUUAUUAUCAUCAGCGUUGCGAUUGUGGUCGUCUUUUUGAAUUGAGCUGAAUGAUAAUGCAGCGAUUUCUCUUUCUGCAACUUCGGGCGGCGGACAGGCGCAAGGGCGCGAGCAGUGCAUAGUUAUCCAAUGCGCAAGUGUCAUUCUGUUGGAUUAGCCCAAACAACUGCGUCUCCAACUGCACCGGGAUGCCUCUUAUCAGCCUGGACGACGAUGAUCAGAGAUGGGUCCCGACGCAUGUCAACGUGACCGUGCUUCGCGCGAGGGGUCUGCGGUCGAAGGGCAAGCAAGGCAGCCGCUAUGUUUACACUAUCAUCCAGGUCGGCAAGGAGAAGUACACCACCGGCCUGGUGGAGAAGGCUGAGGAGCCGCAGUGGAACGAGGAGUGCUCGUUUGAGCUCCAGCCCGGGCUGCUGGAGGCGGGUGGGACGAGCGCGUACCCGCCCGGGAGCAGCAACCUGGUGCUCACCGUGAUGCAUAGAGUGCUGAUCGGGCUGGACGUGUUUCUCGGACAAACUAUUGUUCCUCUCGACAAAGUUUUCCAGGAAGGAAUGUGUCCUAGAAAUGAGUGGUUCAAGCUGCACUCCAAGGCUGGUCGAAAGGAGAAGGAGCGAGGAGAGCUGCAGGUCACCAUCCAGUUCACCCGCAACAAUAUGACCGCUAGUAUGUACGACUUGACCGUAAAGGACAAGCCUCGUUCUGCAUUUGGGAAACUGAAGGACCGCGUCACAGGAAAAAAGCGAGGAGAUUUGGAGUCCUCCUCUGCCAUUUUACCCGGCCGCUACGCCGCCAUAUCAGGGUCUGUAGGUCCUCCGUUUGCAGGAGACGGUGGACCCGAUGAUCCAGGCGAGGAAGAGGUGCUCGAUGAACACCGAAGCAAGGUGAAAGACUUCUUCUUUAAAGGGAAACUACGCAAGAAUUCAGACACACGCUCCUGUUCAUCAUUGGCUUCGGACAGUAGCAUGGCAUCGUCCGCUGGGGAUCCAUUCGUCCCAGUAGAGCUUUCCAGAACACCUGUCUACAGCAGCAGAGUGAUGGAGCCCUUCCGUAUGGACACUGAAGCAGGGAUAAAAGAUGAAAUAAAUUUGGAACGACAUGGGGUGAUGACCCACAAGCGUGCACACAGCGAUGAAGCCAGUAAGAUCACGGGUGUUCCUCAUCUUAUCCCUGCUGUGGAAAACCUAAAAGGUCAGAGCAUGGCGCUCUCCAAAUCAACCCUCUGCAUCAACGGUAGCCAUAUCUACUCAUCCGAGCCUGCCAGCCCUAAGAGUCCAAGCACCAUCCCGGCCAAGCUCUCCCUGCUGGAGAAAUGCGCACCCCUUUCUCGCUCUCUCCAGAACCUGACCCGACGUGGCGAGGACUCGCAGAAGAGCGAUGGGAGACGCUGGUCCAUUGAAAAGACCAAGAAGGAGGACGGGGAGAUGGAUGGAGCUCAGAGUCAGACCCAAGGUGCCGCCACUCCAGAUGGGAAGCCAGUGCAGGCCGCUGGACCCGUGGAAGUGGUGGAUAAAGGGAAAAAGCUGAGGAAAACUCUGUUUUCUAGCGGGAGGAGUGACUCUCUCCCAGCCAAGCCGGAGCAGAGCCAGGUUUCUGCUCCUCUUGAGGGCAGACGCAGAGGAUGGUUUGGCUCCGGUGACUCGCAGAACAAGCCAAGGCUGGGAGUCUCUCCUAAGGUAGAGAGCAGCUCAGACACCCCCUGUCAGAUCCCUUGCUCCCCCAGUCAGCCCCCAUGCUCUCUUCCCCUCAGUUGCACUACUGGCUUGGUGUCUCCCCCUAGUGGCAAUCACACCAACCCAUUCACCCACUCUUCCCCAACACCCCCUUCCAUCUCUCCCUCCAACCCUUUCCUCACACGACUACAGCAAAACCCUUUUUUUGAGGAUCUUAUAGCCGAGGAAGCACUGAUGUCUCCGACUGCUGGUUACUGUUCUCUAAAUUCCAGUCUUUAUCAUUAUCCAGUCGGAUCCAGUCCCCUCCGUAAUGGAGUGUCGAACAAAAUGUCCGCAAUAAAGCGGGAAAGACCCAGGAGUAUGUCCAGGCAGAGGUCUCUUCCGACCAUUAUGCUUGAGAACCCAGAAGCAAACUCAAAUAUUAUUCCGAACCACUCUCUGUCUGAGAGGGCUGGGGAAUGGGAUGAUUUUGAAGCAUUUGCCUCAAGCCGUCUCAAAUCACCAAGUGGAACUCCAACUAGACCUCCAUCAGCACAGUUUCUUUCACAGGAACCAAAUACAAACCAGAUGGUGUUUGUAAAUGAUAAAGCGAUUGGUUUAAGAGUUGAUGAAGUUGAUAUGGGUAUUUCAAAGCCAUGGGAUCUGCCUCCUCUACCACCACGUAAACCCAUGAGAACCCAGGUGAUCACCAUGGACAGCUGGUUGGAUAGAGCCCAGGAGCUGGCUGUGCAGAAAGAGGCCUGCUUUCUAUCCCAGACUGACUUUGCCUCCCUUCAGCGUGUGAGAGACGGAGACUUGAAGAGGAGCUCUCAAAUUGUAGGUUCAGAUAAAGAGUUGCAUCACAUUUCUUCAGUAGGGUAUAACAAGAUGGAAGCGGAGUUGAACAGUGAUAUCAAACUGAACCAAUUCAUGUUUGGGGAAGCAACAGGGCAAGAUUUCCCUACAAACAACGCUUGUGGCUCUCCAAAUGGUUUCGGUGAAGAUGCACUUGGAAGCUCUGAAUGCGAGAACACGGUACCUGAAACACUUUGUUUUCCGUCUGAUUGGGAAACCACGGUGACCGAAUCACUUUGCAGUUCACCUCAGACCCAACCCAAACACGAUUCAGAAUUGUCCUGUGAAGUAAAGGUCUCCAAUGAGCAACCACUACAGACUAAAACCAAUGGCAUUGGUUUGUUGACCCUCUCCCCUAGAGAUUCGAACAACAAUACAGAUAUUACUUCUGAGUUUGCUUUCAUUGAUUCUGAAAGUUCACAGUCGGACUUGCAACCACCUUUUGAAAUUAAUAAAGAAGGUGAAGCAUCCAAGGUUUCUUCACAUUUGCACUCAGGCUUACCUGAGGAUAUAUCGUGCAGAAUGGCGUCAGAGUUGAAGAUGUUUUCACCAAGGAACACUCAUAAUGAUAGCACAUCACAUUUGUCUGACUCACAAAACCAUAACCAUUGCUCAUCACCUUUUGAGAGAUCUUGUGAAGGACUGGGAGGACAAAAAGUCGACCAUUGUGAACACCAGAACACUGCUUCAAAGUGUAACUUUGACUCUCAAGACGUGGCUGAUGUUCUCCUCAGAAACGACAUCACUGUGAUCACUCAAACAUUCUCAAGCAAUGACAACACUGUGACAACUCAAAUCCAACCAGAGAUGGUGGAAGACAGUUGCAUCUUGCUCCCUACGCAUGAUGAUGAGGAGCCUAAUGUUAAUUUAACAGAAGGUAACCUAAACUCUGAAGUCUGCUUCUCAAAGAACAAUGAGGUCAAGGGAUCUUGUUCGACGUUGGAUGAACAAAUCAGCUUUGAGGACUUGCAUGCUAGAGUAGCUCCAAGAAAUUCCAGAAGCCCCUAUUCAACAGAAGUCAGAUCAGCCCGCAUCAGACCACACUCAACCACAAGCUCACCCAAAACUGUCUCCUGUGCUGACUCGCUCCCAGGCUCUAAUAAUCCUGCAUCAGACCUCAUUUUGCAUGAUCUUUCCUCUUCACCCACCCCAUUAGCUGGUACUAAUUCCUGUCUCCGCCUUGACCCUUCCCUUCCGGCAAAGCCCCCAAACGAGAUGCCCAGCAUGAGUUCCACAUGCUCCUCCACAGCCCAGUCCCACGUUGAUGCACCGCUCUCCCUCUCACCUGAGGAGACACAGCCAGCAAACGUCCUCCUGCCCCAUGAGGAGAGCAGCCCUCACCCAGUGAAGCCCUUGACCAACACCACUGUGCAGGGAGAGAAGAAACCUGAAAGCCGCUCAGUUCUGGAAAAACUCAAGUCCACCAUUAACCCUGGAAGAUCUGCACCAGUAACCACUGCUGAGGAUGAGCAAAACCAGUUGGCUCUGAUUGAGGCCCGGGCUCAGUAUCAGAACAUGACCAACAUGGAGCUGAUCGCUCUGCUGCUUCAGCAGGAAGUGGACGUCAAGAAGCAGCGAGCUGAAACUGAGGUGCAGGAGGCGUUAUUGGAGAAACGUGAGGCCGAACUGAAGAAGAUGAAGGUUCAGGUCAGAGACCUGGAGGACUACAUUGACAAGCUGCUGGUGCGCAUUAUGGAACAGACGCCCACCUUGCUGCAGGUACGCGCAAGACCAAAAUGACUACGGUGACCCGCUCCGUCCUGAAAACACUAUUGAUCUAAAGCCAUUUGUGAUGCUCCAUUAAAUUUCAAAACUGCCAGAUUCACGUAGACACGAUAAAGCUUUGCAUGCUUUUUACUGGACUUCCAAAUCCACAGUCAUUGACGUUUAGCAUAUUACUAGUCAUUAUAUGAGCACAAGGCAGUGGUUUAAAGUAAAAAAAAAAAAAAAAGGAUCUGCAAUAUUCAUUGAUUCUACCAAAAUAAGUCUUCCUGUUUAUGAAUAUGCUAAUUUUCAUCGUAAGGAUGGAAUAAGAAGAUCUGGGAUCCUGACGCAUCAGUAUACCAAAAUGUUAUACAUAUUAAA